CCUUCACGCGUACCAGAUCACACCUUCACAGACAAGGGAAAACACCCUUUCGUAUUUCUCACUCUUAUCCACAGUAAGAAACAAGUUACAGGACGAUCUAGAAAAUGGCUAUGCCUUUAGGAAAUUUCCCGACGUUCGUAGCCAGCGAAACGUCAUCUCCGGCAAAGUAUUCAACGUCUUCCGUGAGGCUUCUUACCUCUGCGGCAUUGCAACCGUUUCAGGCAAAUCUACGUACAGCACGCACCUUUGUAACAUACGCCACUGUGUCCAAGCCUGCGACAGAGCCUAAGAAGCGGGUUAAUGGAUUCACCAAGACUUAUCGAGUGUCGCCGGAAUUGAAGGAUUUCCUCGGCGGCGUGCCGGAAGUUUCCCGUUCCCUAGCGCUCAAGGAGAUUUGGGCUUAUAUCAAAGAAAAAGAGCUUCAGGUGGAUUGGAUUGAUGAUGGGUGUGUUUGUUUGUUUAGGAGCCAACAAACAAGAAGGUUAUCGUGUGUGAUGAGAAACUGAAGACGAUAUUUGGAGGGAAGAAUCGCGUUAAGUUUCUUGAAAUAUCAGGACUAAUUUCUCCUCACUUGCUCAAGUAGACAGAAUACUUUGCUAGUUUAUGUUCAAGGUGCUUGAUUUGGUUUGUUUUCUAGUUCCUUAAAGGGAACAAUUUUGGUAGUUGGUUAUCGUUUAUGUUGAAGGGUCUUAAUGGACAAUUUGCGGUGAUGCUAUAUGUAUUGGAGCUUUCUUGGUUCUAUAUUUAAUGGAGUUCCAUUUCAUGGACU